AUGAGCGACAUUCAGGGCCCACCCAUUAAACCAUCUCGUGCUCAGCUCUCAACCCACCUCUACCAAUCCCUCUCCCACCUGAUCCCACGCAGAAGGGCUUUCCGCCGUCUCGGCCGCUACAGCAGAGCCUUCUUCCUCGACCACUGGCCAGACUUCCUCCUCGUCCUUCUUGUCACCGCUGUUGCAGGGGCGGUCUUCCUCAUCCCGACGCGGCCACCUCUCCUUUUCCCGCUCCUAGACCCCACUGGCGCCGUCUACAGCCCCUCCCUGGCCUAUCCUUACCGACCUGCAAUCUUCAGCUCCCUUACGGCGGGACUGCUGGGCUCCCUCAUCCCGUUGGGCGCAAUCCUCCUUUCGCAACUCAUGAUUCGAUCCUUCGCUGAUUUCUCUGCCGCGACGCUUGGUCUCUUCUACGCCCUCGCAACUGGCACGUUUUUCCAAAUGAUCCUCAAAAAGACCAUCGGAGGGCUAAGACCGCAUUUUCUCGCCGUGUGCAAGCCGCGGCCUGUGCCCCUUGGGAGCGGCGUCGGUUUCAAUGGGAUCAUGUACCGCGCGCAAGACGUGUGCACGGGCAGUCCCGGUGAAAUCGAAUGGGGGAUCCAGUCCUUUCCGUCAGGACACAGUGAAAUCGCCUUUGCAGGAUUCGGCUAUUUGGCCAUCUACUUCGUCACGCACCUCCACCGUGGCGACCAUGACUGGCGUGCCGGAAAACUGGGCUUCUGGAGAAUGCUGCUCGUGCUGAUGCCGAUCUUGUUCGCGACGUAUAUCUCCUGCACGUUGUGGUUAAGUUACCAUCACCAUGCGAGCGAUUGUCUGGCUGGCGCGACCAUCGGGAUCCUGACAGCGUUGUUGGGCUUCAGAACCACGUACAGGAGUUUGACGGACGGGACGAGGAAUUGGAAGCCAAGAGUAGGUAGGCGGCUGAAGAGGGCGUUGGAAAGGGAGAGGGAGGAGCAGACGACGUCAGGGCAAGAGCAAGAGCAAGACGAGAUCGAGUUGGAACAGAGGCACGGCAUCGAUGGAGCGGAUGACACAGGAGACGUAGAGAGGGCGUGA